GUUUGACUUUAAAGACUUUCUACGUUUAAGAAAAUCCUUGUGUGGUUCGGAUCGAGCUUCGUAGUUGUUUUUUUUUUCUCCCUCCUAUAUUCGGGAUAUAAACCCGUUUCUGCGCAUCUCCUCUCCGCCUCCGGAGCAGCGAUGCCUCCCGGAGUAAUACCGACCCCUCGCAGCUCAUCUGCCGGCUGCUUCUGCGCCUACUGCGGGGUGAAGAUCAAACCCUGUCCCACCGAGAACUCCGUGUUUUCUCGCGGGGAAAUCUAUCAGCUCAUCAGUGAAAGUUUCCUGACAGUCAAAGGAGCUGCUCUCUUUCUGCCUCGAGGAAAUGGCUCCUCUCCAAUUUCGGCUUCUCGCUUCUCACAACUACGGAGUAAACAUGCAGGAGACAUCCAGCAGCAUCUGCAGACCAUGUUCACUCUGCUCAGACCAGAGGACAACAUCAAGCUGGCAGUCCGUUUGGAGAGUGCUAGCACACAGGCCACACGCUACAUGGUGGUGGUCUCAACCAUCGGACGCCAGGACACAGAGGAGAGCCUGGUGCUAGGCAUGGAUUUCAGUCCCAUUGAUAGCUCAUGUUCAGUUGGUUUAGUUUUGCCUUUAUGGAGUGACACCUUAAUACACUUGGAUGGAGAUGGUGGAUUCAGCGUAUCAACCGAUAACAGAGUGCAUGUAUUCAAGCCUGUCUCUGUGCAAGCCAUGUGGUCCGCUCUGCAGUCGCUCCACAAAGCCUGUGAAGUGGCUCGCUGUCACAACUACUUCCCAGGCAGCUUGUUCCUCACCUGGGUCAGCUAUUAUCAAAGCAGAGUGUCCUCUGAUCAGACCCGCAUCAACGAGUGGAACGCAAUGCAGGAUGUUCAGUCACACCGCGCUGACUCACCCGUCCUUUUCUCUGAUAUCCCCACAGAGAGAGAGCUUACAGAGCGACAGAUAAAAACCAGCCUGAGGGAAAUCAUGACGCAGAAGGAUCUGGAGAAUGUCACCUGUAAAGAAAUCCGAACAGAGCUGGAAAUGCGCAUGACAUGCAACCUGCGAGAGUUCAAGGAGUUCAUCGACAAAGAGAUGAUUGUUAUUCUUGGCCAGAUGGACAGUCCUACAGAGAUCUUUGACCACGUCUUCCUGGGAUCUGAGUGGAAUGCAUCCAACUUGGAGGAGCUGCAGAAGUGUGGGGUUCAGUACAUCCUGAAUGUAACAAGGGAGAUCGAUAACUUCUUCCCCGGUGUGUUUGAGUAUCACAACAUCCGCGUAUACGACGAGGAGGCAACAGACUUACUCGCUUAUUGGAAUGACACUUAUAAGUUCAUAUCUAGAGCCAAGAAAUCUGGCGCCAAGUGCCUGGUCCACUGUAAAAUGGGAAUCAGCCGCUCUGCAGCCACAGUGAUCGCAUACGCCAUGAAGGAGUAUGGAUGGGAUUUGAAAAACGCCUUCAAUUACGUCAAAGAGCGGCGGACUGUGACCAAACCCAACCCUUCCUUCAUGAGGCAGCUGGAGGAAUACCAGGGCAUACUGCUGGCCAGCAAGCAAAGGCACAACAAGCUGUGGCGUUCUCUCUCUGACAGUGAUCUGUCUGAGCACCACGAGCCUUUGUCCAAGUCCCUCGCCCAACCCAACAGUCUUGGUCGCUCUGACCCCCAUAACCAGGCAAGCGGCAUGCAGGGCCCCUCUGUGCGAGAUCUUCUGGAAUCACUGGGAACUUCACCGAGCACUGGAAAAGCAACACACUCCAUGAGCCAGCCUGACACCGGCAUCCAGUCCAGUCAGCUUGGCUCCUCUGGCUUUAGUGCCAUGGCAUCUUUAUCAGGUGACGCUAAAGUUCAAAGCCUGGAGGGACCCUCUCAGGCUGAUAAAGCCUUCAGCAGGCAGCUCAUCCCCCACCAUCCUGACUCCACAGCUGGUUCUGUGUUAUCUCCCACCCUGUCCAAUGGUCUGUGUGACUCAGAGGAGCAGCCAUCAUUGCCUCCUCUCACCCAGCCAAGGGCUUCUACAGACCCCGAGAGGACAGAGGUAGUAACUGUUGCACAAAGCGUGGUGGCGGGCCAGCCUAACCCUCCUCCCUCCGUUCAGCACCUCCUGCCCUCUCCUGCUCCAUCAUCCACAAAUGAAGCCUCUAAACUCCAGGUUUCCUCGUCUACCCCUCUGGCUUCAGUGCCUGAGCCCAUGACUGCACCAAACACUCAUCAGCCUGGAUCCCAGAGUUUAGCUGCACCAGUGCUUAUAAAAAAACAAGAGGAUCAUCAGACAUGUGGCUCAGAUCCUCCCUCCUCUAAUGACAUCAGCCAUCCUAAUGCUGUUCCACAGGACAACGUGUUGCUGUUUGGCCAUAGUGCUGAUCAUAUUAACUUCUUUAGUGCCAGAGAAAAAUUCAAGGGAAUGAGUCAUGAUGGUAAAAGUCAGAGUGCUGCUGUGCAGCAGUCUCCUCUGCUUAAGAGCUGCGGUAAAGAUCAUCUUCCUCUGGGUCAGGAGGGUGUAAACAGUGAGGGGCAGGAGGAGGAGAGCAGAAAGGAAACUCAUGCUCCUGUGCAGGUCACAGGAAUAAAGACAGAGACUCUCACCCAACCAGAACCACAAAGCUCCCGCUACCAAGAUGAGAUAAGUUAUAAACACGAAAUGCAGAAUCUGGAGACUGUCCCACAGAAAGUGGCCAAAAAUGAAAGGGAGGAAUUGAAAAACAAAGAGGACGAGGAAGGUGGCCCCGUUCGCCUCUACAGCGACUGGACCAGAGGCUCUGUGCGGAGAGUUACGCAACAACUAGAGCAGCGGAUGAAAGGGGAACACAAGACGCCCUUAACCUCAUCCUCUGCUGUCCCUCUCACUGGUAGCAGCUCCUGCUCCCAGCGCCGCCCAUACAGCAUCCACUCUCUGACUGCAGCAGCUCCUCAGGAUGCAGCGGUACGCCCGCAGGUCUCUGUAGUCAGCUCCACAGAGGAGGGCGGGGUUGGCAUGUUUAGACCAGCUGAAAGAGGGAAUUUUUUGGGAAUUAUUGAAAAAAGCACAAAAGGACACAAACUCCAGCCUGUUGAUACCAGACUGCUCUCUACCUCUUCUCAUUUCCAACACUCUGCACAGUCUCCAUUUGCCUCUGUGAACUUCCUCUGUUUGGAAGGUGUGACCGAACUGGAGUCGUCUGUAGACUGGGUGUGUUUGACAGAGGGACCCCAUGCUGACAUCACAGUGAGGGACACGUGUGAGCUGGGUUCCUUCCUGCAGCAGGUCGGGUCAGGUGGUGCCUGCCAGGCAGUGUGCUUGAGCCAGAGCUUCGGAAGUUCUCCAAAACAAGGAAGUAAUCUGCAGAAGAGGGUUAGACAGGUGGAAGCCAGGAUCCGUCAGGCUGGCCUGACCCCUCCGUCUCUAAUGAAGCGCUCUGCAUCACUGGCCAAACUGGGCUGCCUGGAGCUCCUAGCCAAUGAUCUGACCGAGCUGGAGCGCAGCUGCUGUUCCGCUACGGCGCCACCUACCCAAGCUCCUCCAGUUAGUGAUGAAUCCAAGAAGCUGCGGGUGCACAGCUCUCGUUCCUCAAGUAGCAAAAAGCAAGAACCAAUCAUUAGCCCAGCUAAGAACCUUGGUCUAGAAAACUCGGCAACUUCAAAUCAGAGCCCCCCAAAAGAAAAACUCCCAAACACUGAGCAAGACUCCGUACAUUCACCUGGGCCAACACUUCUGACAAACAGGCAGCAGUAUGGAAAGACUCACCCACUGAGGCAGCUUCAGAAACGAACUGUCAGCACCCUGUAUCACACAAUGUGACCAUCAAUCACCCUGUAUGUCUGUGUGUGUGUGUGUGCAACUCUUAGAUGGAAAUCAACAUGUUGGUUUUAUUUAUCAAACCAGUGCCUCUUGCCUUAAAGGAUACGUUUCAGUCGUUCCUAACACGUUUUCCCAUAGAUCAACUGAAAGCUUCUGUGAUAUCAGCCGUUGAGGUGAAGUCUGCUGAACUCAACAAAAGUUGAAGCAUAAAAACCCAUCCUCCAAUCAGGGUGGUGUGGGGCCCUAGUGGUUAAGGCAUAGAGCUUGGAAUCCUGAGGUUCUGAGUUUGAACCCUCACUCCCACAGACUCCCAUUCUGGGUGGCAAAACCCUUAACCCCACACUGCUCCACAGGCGCCCCACGAUGGCAGCCCACUGCUCCCCUAGGGGAGGGGUUAAAUGCAGAGGUAAAUUUCUCCAAUGUGAGAUCAAUAAAGUAUAAUUACUAUUAAAAAGCAUUAACAAAACCCAAAACUGUAUAAACACGCACACACAUCCCUGUGCCAAUCGUUCUCAUUUAUCACAGGUUAUUGUCUCCUGCUUUUGCUGAUGCCUCUUAGUCUUCUGGAGAGAAGGAUGCAGCUGUUGCCUUUCUUGUUCAUUUUCCUCAAAUUGCGUCAAUGUUUUUGUGUUAACGGUCCAAUCCAAGCAGAAAUUGUCACCAACAACCAUCUGUUUAAGGCAAAGUAGAAAGGUUGCUGCUUCAGCAGGAAGUGGAAACCCAGCUUUGGAUACAGAGCGAGUGGAAGAAUGUUUUCUUUUUCUAGUAACGCAGUACCUCAACCGCAUCUGAUCUGCGCAGACAUCAGGCUCUGGUAUUCUGGAAUGUCCUCAGUUUAAAUACAUUUGAAUUACGCUUAAUUAAGUGGGGGGGGAGAAUCUUGCCUAUCAUUGUUCUCCUAGUUCUGAGGCCACUCGGAGCAGAUUCCUCAUAACAUUUAUCUGUGGGAUGAAGGUUAGCUUUGACGGCAUAAUGGCAGAGUGUAUAUUUAAGUUUCCUGCUGUGAUCUAUUUUGGAUGCAAGUCUUUUCUGAGUGUUUUAAAAACUGUACAUUUUAUUUUUGUUUUUUUACAUCUGAAUUGUGUUGGUGACUGAGUUUGACUUUUAUUUUGAAAGAAUAUCUUUUGUACAGCUUUUAGGAGUGUGCCUGUGACUGGCAAGUGAAGCUUCUCUGCAAUCAGAAAUGUCUGUACAGGGAUGUUUGUCAUACGUGCACUUUACUCCCUUUUUUUUUUUUUUUUACAUUUAAUUGGGACUUUCUUUAUGUGGGUUUGCUACUUUUAGGGAGCAUGCUUGGGCUGUAGUAGGUGUCGGGUAUGUGUGUGUGCGUGCGUGUAAUGUCGAAUACAUUUUGAAUUUCAUUUAAAUCUUUAUUUGUAAAUAUUUUAUAUUAUGUACUUCAACUGUGACCAUUAAAAAAUGGAGAUUAUUAAAUGUAAAGUUUU